AUGUCAAACCCGGGAAAAGGCAAUCCGGAGCCCAAUGUCGUCAUCGGCCGAAUAGGAAUGCGCAGAGAAGGUUCUUUGGCACCUUCCGUGCGUGCUGGCUUCGUCCUUCCUCCCUGUCCCUUGUGUGCGCGGAGAGCAACGGCUAGGAAAUUACGGGCCUCACGAUGGAGAAGGAGCGGCACACCCCCGAUCUACCUGUACAUUGCUGUUAUCAAGGCUGCUACUGGACUGGCUGGCAGGACACCCUGCGAGACACCCUCCCGCGAUGGUGUACAGAUACUGGCCAGUGGCCAGGACGUCCAGCACGGAGGGACUUGUGUGCUGGAAGCCGGGGGGACCGCAGGCAACACGACGCAAUCCGGUCACGCACUGCGGCGGCACCUUGGAUAUGCUUGGAUAUGGGGGCCAUGUCAUGGGACGGGAAGAGAACACACCAUCAACAAGUCGCAACCCAACCUCGAGAAACCCAUCGGAUCCCGGCCCAUGUCAGCCACAACCGCCCUCACCGUACUGCAUGUCCAUCAGGUACCACUUCACGAGCGAGCAGUUGCUUGCACGGGCGCCUGCCUCCCCAGCCAGCAGCGACACAGGCAAUGUUCCAUAACGCCGACGGCGUCGCCGGGAGCCCGACUUUGCUUCCCAAUCCCAAUUUACAUCGCACACACCCGAGGCGCCGAUGCCCGUCCGCCCGCCCGCCCGCAUGGCGCCGACAUCCCAAUUCUUGCCCAGACCGGUGCUCGAAUUUUCAGCUGCUUUGCCCACCUAGCCGCCCAGGUCUUCUCCACAACUCCUUCGAGUAGCGCGGUGACGCCGGAACGCACCACGCUUCGCUCUCACUUUCGCGCCAUCGCGAGUCAACACCUCAUCGCGAGCCCGGCUGACCGGCCCAACGAGUCGGCUGCCGCCGUCGCUGCCAAGUCGCCCGCCGUUGGGAGUCGCCCAGAUAGCCAACGGCGUCGGUUGCCACACGGCCAACAUCCGUUGCGAGGACGGGCGUCCAACUAG